CACGAUUAAACUCAUCAUUCACAUUCAACAAAAACCUCCAAUAAAACGUGUCUUCAUCUCUAUCUCUCAACAUCCAUGGAAGAGGCUCAUAGCACAACCGCCACCUCCACCCUAUACGGCGACCUGUACGCCCAUUUUCAGAAUAUCGAUGGGAAUUCUCGUGAAUUACCUGAACCCGACGUCCAAAUUCUCACUUCCGGUGGACUCCGCAUUCCUGUCCAUAGCAGUAUUCUGGCAUCAGUAUCAUCAGUACUGGAGAAUAUAAUUGAUAGACCACGUAAGCAUCGGAGCUCCGAGAGAAUCAUUCCCAUCCUCGGCGUUCCCUGCGACGCCGUUUCCGUGUUCGUUCGUUUCAUCUACUCUGCAAGAUGCACAGAGGACGAGCUGGAGAAAUUUGGGAUCCAUCUAUUGGCAUUAUCCCAUGUUUACUUGGUCCCACAGCUGAAACAGAGAUGCGCUAAGGAUGUGGGUCAACGGUUGACGGUUGACAAUGUGGUGGAUGUGCUUCAAUUAGCAAGGCUCUGCGAUGCACCUGAUCUUUAUCUCAAGUGCAUGAAAUUAAUCACCAACCAUUUCAAGUCAGUAGAGAAAACUGAAGGAUGGGAAUUCAUGCAAAAUCAUGAUCCUUUUCUCGAGUAUGAGAUUCUCCAAUUUAUUGAUGAAGCUGAAUUGAGGAAAAAGAGAACAAGGAGGCACAGGCAAGAGCAAAGCUUGUACAUGGAGCUAGGUGUAGCAAUGGAUUGCUUAGAGCACAUAUGCACUGAAGGGUGCACAAGUGUUGGACCUUAUGAUGUGCAGCCCACCAAAAAGAGGGUUCCAUGUAACAAAUUCUCUACGUGUCAAGGUCUCCAGCUUUUGAUCAAGCAUUUUGCAACGUGUAAGAAUCGGGUUAAUGGAGGUUGCUCCCGUUGUAAGCGGAUGUGGCAGCUGCUCAGACUUCACGCUUCAAUGUGUGACCAGCCUGAUUCUUGCAGAGUUCCUCUCUGCAGGCAAUUCAAACUUAAGAUGCAACACGAGAAGAAGGGCGAUGAUGCACUAUGGAAAUUGUUAGUGAGGAAGGUAGUGUCUGCAAGAGUUUUGUCUUCACUCUCCCUGCCUAAGAGGAAAAGGGAAGAGCAAUUAAAGGAGACAAUACAUGAUCAUGGCAUUAGGACCUUCAGAUUAUAAACCAUAAGUGUUGUGUAGCAAUCUUCAUUGAAAUGUUUGUUCUUUUUGUGGAUAUUAAAAAAUUUCGGGUUGAGUUUUAGUACCUUUACGCUCCCUUAUUUUUCAAUUAAGAGUGUGUGAAGGAGUAAAAGUGUUGGUUAGAUCUUUGAGUGAAAUGUUGUGUAUAUGAAGGGAAGAAGAAGUGAAUAAAAUAGUUGCUUGUAAUCCUAAUUUUCUGUACAAAAUGCAAGUAACUCGUUUUCUUCUA